GGGAUGUUGUGAAUCUUGGUGUGAGCAGUUGGCUUCUUGUUUCAGGCAGUCGUCCAAUUGGACAUCGCGCUGUACGCAAAUGUGGAGGUGCGAAAGCCCUCGCAAAAAGCUUUAUCUUAACACAACAGAGUCGCUGUUUUUGGGCAGUAUCCAAGUGAAACAUUGCUGGGCAAGGAAUUUUACUGCCAUUAAGCUAACAACAGUGAUCGAAUUUCCAACCAAGAAACUUGCCGACACCAUCCUCAAAGAAGUGAUAAAUUCCUUUGGAUAUGAAGCAAAUCAAGAACAGAUUGAACGUGCUCUUCUCUCCGUUACUGAUUUGGAGGAGUUCAUCGGGAAAUAUUCACAAUAUCAUCUUAAUGAAACCGCACCUAAGAUUUACAUUCGUUCUGAACAUGCAGAUAUUUUGGUCAGGAAGAUUUUUAACGAAAAUGAGAGUGAUGUCCAGCUUGGUGAUGAUAAAGGAGAAAACCUCCUCAGCCUUCCCACUGCAGGCUUGGAUAACGGUUGGAGAGUUAUAUAUUUGGUUUGA